CUCCUCCUCAGCUCCGAGGUUUUGUCGUUGGGAGACCGAGGCGCCUGACGGGAGACUCCACUCCUCCUCCAGCAUCAUAAGGAGAGAGACACCCACAGAUGCGAACAAUGUCUGACGAGACUGAACAGAGAAUGUGCGACGAGGACUUCGGCUCGGACGAGGAGGGCGAGGAGGCGGACGUGGAGUCGUACCUGGAGGACAACAGCAGCGAGCUCGUGGACCGACUCCGAGAACUGGAGGCCGAGAACUCUGCUCUGGUUUUGGCGAAUGAGAGUCAGAGAGAAGCGUACGAGCGAUGUUUGGACGAGGUGGCCAACCACGUGGUCCAGGCUCUGCUCAAUCAGAAGGAUCUGAGGGAGGAGUGCAUCAAGCUGAAGAUGUUGGUGUUUGACCUGGAGAGACAGAACCGAGCGCUGUGUGAGCUUUUUCAGCAGAAACUGCCCAACCACCCGGCCGCUCACUACCAGGUGCACGCGGGACCCCUCCCAGAAUACAAUGCACAGCUGCACAACGACUCCGCCAAACAGGUGGAGCCUGCACAGACUGAAGCACAAGCCAAGGGAAAUGGCUACCGCACACAACAUGCCUCCCCGGGCCCCCGUGGCCCCGCCGCCUCCAUGGAGGCCCUGUCUCCCUUCUUCAAGAAGAAAGCACACAUCCUGGAGGUCCUGCGCAAGAUGGAGGAGACCGACCCUCUGAAGUUCCACCCGUCCACCGCGAGCUUGUCUUUCUGCGACUACAGCCAAGUGCUCAUGUCCACGGAGGCGGUUCUGGCCACCGCAGACCCUCUUCCCUUACAGUGCAAAUCCCUCCACACGCACUGCCGCUGCUCCUGCUCUGACGCCGACGCACACCCGCAUGUCAACGGCGACGGGGCGGUGAAGUGCGAGGGAGGGAACACCUGCUGUUUACACUGCAAGCGGAGCCCCGACGCUCCUCCGAAGCCAUGCAACCACGUCUGUAGUCCUUCAAAACCCAACUCCGCCACCCAGAGCCAUGUAGUUCCUGCGGCUACUACGAGCGAAUGUUACAGUAAGUCUGUUCCCCCGUCCAAACAAAGCACCAAGAAUGAAGCCCACCAGCAACCAGCAGGCGCCUCCGCCCACCCGUCGGCCCCAGAGGCAGCGGAUCAGAGUCUGGAGGUGAUGGGGGCGGAGCAGGAGGAUAAUUCAGCGGAGAGUCGUCUCAACGCCUCAGAGGAGCUCACCGGUUUCUGUCCCUCGACCCACCUGCAAACGUCUGUGAAGGAAAUCUCCCACUGUGACAUGGAAAUGAGUGACGGCGUUCUGAAUGGUCUGGCGCUUUCCUCCAUCAACAACAACACGAAUGACCCCUCCUCCUUCGCAGAGAAAGACGGCGUGGAUCCGGAGGCCUCCUCUGUGAGAGCCGGUGCCUCCGUCAGCCCCAGCCCCUCCUGCCUCAGCGACGUCAAAGCCGCCGCCAUCAACUCCCCGUCCAAACUGCUCAAGUUUUUAAAGAUUCCCUCGAUCGGGGAGAAGUCUCAGGCUUCAACCGCUGCCGUCCGUCUGAGCCCCCAGCUCACCCGCAACUCCAGGAUCCCCUGUCGCACCAACAACUACGAGGUGUACCACUCCCCUGUUCCCACGCGCCGAGCCACCACCACAGAGAGGUGCAGGCAGCCCCCUCCGCCUCCAUGCAGGUCUGAGUCCUACCCCGCCACACACUCGGCACCCACCUCCCCUCCGCAGCCUGAAGACGUCUGCUCCUCGCCCGCUAAGGAAAUAAGCUACAGCAGCCUGUCUGCACCUAAAGCCAGCGCUAACUCAAAGAUGAGCACACCUUCCUCCGCCUCCUCUUCCUCACCCAAAGUCUCCCAGAGGGUCCCUCAUUAUGAAAAUGUCUGUGAUUUGUCUACCAACGCCAGGGAGGAGGAACCAACCCAGGGCCUCGAGAAAAGAACCACUCUUCCAUCGCAAGCGAAGGCUAACGGCGGCGAGAGGAAGCUCGUGAAAUCGCUCCCAGAGAGCGCAAUGAAUCCCCCCCCUCAGCGAAAGCAGUCUUCCUCCUCCACGUCGGAGUCCACGUCGGACGAUGAAGAGGAUUCAGACAGCCCGGUGUGGGUGAACCAUCACAGCCUGCCCAACUCAUCCGCCCUCAGUAAAGCUCAGGGCAGAGCCAACUACUCACGAGCCAGAGAGAAACCGCAGCCUGACAUAAGGGAGGUCCCCGUGCCGAGCUCGGAGGUCGCUCAGCAGCCGCCUCCUCCUCCGGCCAGGAGGAGCGACUCCUCUUCUAUCCCCAAGAGGCCCGCGGCCGGGGCGGCGAGAUCCCAGGCUGACUCCAGUCACCAUGCUUUCAAAGACAGGCUGGCUGCCCUGGGGAAGCUGAGGAGCUCUGAGGAUCUACAGGUCGGCCUCCGUCCGGUCGACACAGCGGGCGACGCUUCCUACGGCGAGGAGCGGAGUAAGACGGGGGAGAGGCCGGUGGAGCAACUCAAAGAGGAGCAGAGACAUUCGAAGUACACAGACUCUCUGGAUAGUAAACCUAAAGCUGGAGGCGUCGGUUUGAAGUAUCCGGGGUCGUCUCAGCUCUACGAUCAGGCCGUUAAACCUCAGCCUCCUGCUCCGGCUGUGGUUAAACCAGAGCUGUGUGUGAUGAAGACCGAAGGACCCAAGAGCAGAAUCGGUCUGCCGUCCCCCAACGCAGACGCUCCGCAGGUUCUACGCAACAACAUCAAGUGUCCCGGCUCCUUGAAUCUGGGGUAUAACGUUAAACCUGGUCCUCACAGUAACAGCAGCCCCAACAAAAUCCCCCCGAAGUCGCCGUCCAAACCUUGCCAGGGCCCGUCUGUCCACCGAGGGGGGAAGCCCCCAGAGGCCCCACGCUACUCGUCCAAAUCAGAAGAGAGGACCAAGAUCAGCGGGAAAGGGAAAAAGAAUCCCAUGUAUGGGGACAGCCUCCCGCCGCCUCCUCCCAGACCCCCGACCUCGGAGGGGGAGAAGCCCUCGCAGCCGGUGCCCUGCCCGCAGUCGGCCAUCGAGCAGAAGGUGAUGAAGGGCAUCGAGGAGAACGUGCUGAAGCUUCAGGAGCAGGACAGAGGAGGGCAGAGCACCGAGGUCAAGCAGAAGGCCUCCAACGGCAUCGCCAGCUGGUUCGGCCUGAAGAAGAGCAAACUGCCCGCGCUGAGCCGAAAGGCCGACGCCACCAAAGCGAAGGACGAGAAGAAGGAGUGGAAGAUAAACAUCCCGUCGGUCGGCAGGGACUCGGUGAAAAUGGCCACCAGGUGUAAAGAGGGCGUGGAGGGUCUGAACAUCUCCACCCUGAUGGAGAAGGCGGAGGGGCUGCGUCGGGCCCUGGAGGAGGAGAGGGCGUACGUGGAGAGGUCGGGCCGGGGUCACUCCUGCGAGGUGGUGAUGGACCCGGCUCAGGGACAGCUGGCGGUCAUGUACAGGGGAGCGCGCUCGGACAACUUCAUGCAGCAGCUGCUGAACAGGUGA